CCCGCCCCCUGUGCAGUGACAGUAGCAUGCUCGGUACCGGCAGCUGCUGCGGGAUCAUGGCGCCGUCUCACGUCCUGCGCUGCUGCCAGCGGGUGGUGGGCUGGAUCCCGGUGGUGUUCAUCACGCUGGUCCUGUGCUGGUCCUACUACGCGUACGUGGUGGAGCUGUGUGUCGUCACAAUAAAUUCGAACACUGAAAAAGUUAUCUACCUGGUGUUUUUUCACAUGUUUUUUAUAAUGUUUGUGUGGUCCUACUGGAAGACUAUAUUUUCCUGUCCAGCUAAUCCAUCCAAAGAGUUCUGUUUGUCCAAGUCUGACAAGGAAUUGUACGAGAAGGAGGAGAGGCAAGAAUACCAGCGGGAAAUCCUCAAAAGAGCUGCCAAGGACUUGCCAAUCUAUACCAUGACGGCUACGAAAGCAAUCCGAUACUGUGAGAGAUGCCAGCUGAUUAAACCCGACCGAUGCCACCACUGUUCAGCCUGCGAUGUAUGCGUGCUGAAGAUGGAUCAUCACUGCCCCUGGGUGAAUAACUGCGUGGGAUUUUCCAAUUACAAAUUCUUCCUGCUGUUCUUAAUGUACUCCUUGCUGUACUGCCUGUUCAUUGCUGCAACGGUUCUACAAUAUUUCAUCCGAUUUUGGACGAAUGAGCUGGCUGACGCCAGAGCCAAGUUCCACAUCCUCUUCCUGUUCUUCGUGUCGGCCAUGUUCUUCAUCAGUAUCUUGUCGUUAUUUAGCUAUCACUGCUGGCUUGUGGGGAAGAACCGAUCAACUAUAGAGGCUUUCCGGGCUCCCUCUUUUCGAACGGGUCCUGAAAAAGAUGGCUUUUCCCUUGGCUGCAGCAAGAAUUUUCUACAAGUCUUUGGAGAUGAAAAGAAAUAUUGGCUAAUACCUACAUUUACCAGCCUGGGAGAUGGAUGUUCUUUCCCAACUCGCCUUGUGUUUGGUGAUCCAGAGCAGAACGUGUCCGCUCUCCAGAGCGAUUCUUCCAAAAAUGCUGGCCCAAGUCAAACGUUUCCAACCAGACCACUCAGCGAGUCCCAAAACAGACUGCUUGGAAGUGACAGCCAGUCGGUGGAUGGAGGAGAUGAGCACAUACAAAAAGUUGAGAAAAACCAUGUAACCAUCUUAAUGGAGAGCUGAUCCCAAAUACAGCUGCUCAGCAGAACGAGGAAUGAGGUAAUGCGCCGCGCAGGAUGAGCCCACAGUACCAUAUCAAUAAGGAAGAUUCAUGGAUCACACUGGAUCUUCUGGAGCCUGCAAAGUCUCUGUGCACAACAGCCAACAUCUCCGCAGAAAGGACGACCAUUGCCUUAAUCUCCUCCCAGUGCAGUAAUGCAGCACAACCACAGUUUUCCGCUCGUACUUUAUAUACAUAGCAACUUUUUACAUAAGUCUAAUGUUUAGUCUGCCUCCGACUUUUAUACCGCGCAAUAAUUUCCCUAGACGUCUGCAACUCUGAAGCAAGUAUUGUCAGGACUUUCAUACAGGUGCUGAACAUAAUAAUAAUAAUAAUUUAAAAAAAGGCAACAGUAUGACCUUGGUGGGCAAAUAAAACUACAACCCCCAGCAUCUUAGGACAUGCUAUGGGUAUUAGGUUACCUGCUGCUGCUCUUCAGUGUCAUUGGAGGAUCUCCUCUCCUGUUCCAGCAUCUUCUAGUAUUGACUGGACUGAUCUCAACAGUCAGGGCGGCCGAAGGCGAUGAUUUCCACCAUCAGCAGACCCCACCAUAACGGUUUUUCAUGUAUUCACUCCUUUUCUGCCAGCAAACAGCAUUUUUUUUAUUAUACUUUAUAUGGUGAUAGACAUGUCUACUGGAACCCGAAGAAUGACCUUCCUUGUACGUUCCUUGCAAAAACGAUACGGAGGAGAAAAGCACAGGCCAAAAGUAUCCAAACUACAGACUGAAUGUCGUGUGAAAAUACUGUAUAAUAAGCUGAUCGCGUCCUGCCGAUUCAACCUACUUAGGUACCAUGGAGACAUUUUGUACCAGCAGCGUCUAUUUAUACUGCUUUUUAUAACCUUUUUUUAUGAAGACGAUGAUGACACAAGGUUGUUAGAUAAGAAGUCGCUCCUUUGUCGUUAAUUUUUCUUUUCUAGUCUUUGCUGGAUAUUAGCAUGUCAGAGAUUUCUGCUCCAGUGUUAGGCCUCAUGCACACGAACGUAUUUUCAUUCCGUGUUUUUUGCAGACCGUACUUGGAACCAUUCCUUUCAAUGGGUCCGCAAAAAAAACGGAAGGUACUCCAUGUGCAUUCCGU